GCUGGGACAGAGGUCCGUGGCUGAGGCUAGCGCGGCGGCGGGGCUGGCCCUGGACUCGCGGCCGCCGAGGGGUCCCAGGGGACUCCCGAGGCCCUGUCCCUGGGCCUCAGUGCUUUCAACUGGAGCAGAAGCGACUGGAAGGCAGACCAGCCACCAUGUCGUCGUUCCGACAGGAAGACGUGGAGGACCACUACGAGAUGGGCGAGGAGCUGGGCAGUGGCCAGUUUGCAAUCGUGCGGAAGUGCCGGCAGAAGGGCACUGGAAAGGAGUAUGCGGCCAAGUUCAUCAAGAAGCGCCGCCUGGCGUCCAGCCGGCGUGGUGUCAGCCGGGAGGAGAUCGAGCGGGAGGUGAGCAUCCUGCGGGAGAUCCGGCACCCCAACAUCAUCACUCUGCAUGACGUCUUUGAGAACAAGACGGACGUGGUGCUCAUCCUGGAGCUGGUCUCUGGUGGGGAGCUCUUCGACUUCCUGGCAGAAAAGGAGUCGUUGACCGAGGACGAGGCCACCCAGUUCCUCAAGCAGAUCCUGGAUGGCGUUCACUACCUUCACUCCAAGCGCAUCGCUCAUUUCGACCUUAAGCCAGAAAAUAUCAUGCUUCUGGACAAGAAUGUGCCUGACCCCCGGAUCAAGCUCAUCGACUUUGGCAUUGCCCACAAGAUUGAAGCAGGGAAUGAGUUCAAGAACAUCUUUGGCACCCCGGAGUUUGUGGCUCCUGAGAUUGUCAACUAUGAGCCCCUGGGCCUGGAGGCAGACAUGUGGAGCAUUGGCGUCAUCACCUACAUCCUCCUUAGUGGCGCGUCCCCAUUCCUGGGUGAGACCAAGCAGGAGACCUUGACCAACAUCUCGGCCGUGAACUACGACUUCGACGAGGAGUACUUCAGCAGCACCAGCGAGCUGGCCAAGGACUUCAUCCGCCGGCUGCUUGUCAAAGAUCCCAAAUGGAGUGGAGGACACAGGUGUGACUUGGGGUGGUCUUCCAGGAGGAGAAUGACCAUCGCCCAGAGCCUGGAGCAUUCCUGGAUCAAGGCCAUCCGGCGGCGCAAUGUCCGCAGUGAGGACAGCAGCAAGAAGCCCGAGCGGCGGCGCCUGAAGACCACGCGGCUCAAGGAGUACACCAUCAAGUCGCACUCGAGCAUGCCGCCCAACAACACCUACGCCAACUUCGAGCGCUUCUCCAAGGUGCUGGAGGAGGUGGCGGCCGCCGAGGAGGGGCUGCGCGAGCUGGAGCGCGGCCGCCGGCUGUGCCGCGAGGAUGUGGAGGCGCUGACGGCCAUCUACGAGGAGAAAGAGGCCUGGUACAAGGAGGAGAGCGACAGCCUGGGCCAGGACCUGAGGCGGCUGCGGCAGGAGCUGCACAGGACGGAGGCGCUGCAGCGGCAGGCGCAGGAGGAGGCCAGGGGCGCCCUGCUGGGGGCCAGUGGGCUCAAGCGCCGCUUCAGCCGCCUCGAGAACCGCUACGAGGCACUGGCCAAGCAGGUGGCCUCCGAGAUGCGCUUUGUGCAGGACCUGGUGCGCGCCCUGGAGCAGGAGAAGCUGCAGGGCGGGGAGUGCAGUCUGCGCUAGUGGCCUGCUCAUCCUCUGCAGCCCCAGGGUCACGCUAGCCUGGCCGCCACCCAGGCCACCCUCUCCUCAGCGGGACCACCUCCCCUGUGGCCAGGGCCUUAGCUUCUGCGCAGGCUUGGAAAAGGGCCACCACCCAGACGGCACUGGCGAUGGUGGGUGUCAUGGCCUGGAGCACUGCCUGGUGGUGGGGGUGGCGGCCAGGGCCCCUGAGCAGGCAGGCAGAAGCUGACAGCCUGGAGUGGUGUCUGUCCGUGGGUUCAUGCUGGGCAGCGGGCCCCAUCCUGUCCAGCAGGUGGCUCUUGAGCCCCAAUCAGCCCUGUCCACAAAUGCUUGCCCCACUGUGUGACGUGCCUGGCCUUGUGCUGCGUCCUGAUGAUCAAACUAUGCUGGUGAUUGAUGCCCUUCCCGCUGGUCUGGCCUGGUGCAGCCGCACAGUUCUAUAACCCUAGUGGCUUUAGAGGCUGAGGCAGGAGGAUGCAAGUUCAGAGCAGCCUCAUCAGCUUAGUGAGACCCUGUCUCUUAAAUAAAAAGGGCUGGGGAUGUGGCUCAGUGGUCAAGUGCCCCUGGGUUCAAUCCCCAGUACCGGGAAAAAAAAAAAAAAAAGUUGGUGUUCUGGGGAAC